AUCAAAUUGAAGAGAUAAAUGGUAUUUUCCGAGUGACAGAAGACAUAAAGUAAAAAGUGGUUUUUGCAUAUGUUGAGUAUUUGACGAGUUAUUACCCAUCCCCAAGCCCCAAGCCUCAACCACAGUUCGCAGCUAGGCUCCCUCUUUAGCAGGGUAGUAGACUAGUAGCACAUCUUGUGAGUUGUGACCGAACAAGUUGUGCUGCAGCUCCGAAGCUCUGGUCCAGAGGCAGGGCAGCUUUUCGCAGAUCUCAUCAUCGUCUUCAUCUUGUAGCCUGCUGCGAGGCGAGGAGGUUACUCGAGGCUACCCAGUCGCUUACUGGCCGAUGAGGACGACACGACAGAAGAGCAAGGCGCAGAUGGAGGAGUCAUCCACGGGGCACGCGAACCCACAAGUCCAGAUCCCGGAGGAGGAGCCGCAGGAAUCAGCGGGCGAAAGCGCAAUGGUGGUGACAGUGAAUGGCGCCGCCGCGGCAGUGGAGAUCACGGUCCGGAUCGCCAAGGCGAGGCUCCACUGCCCCGUCUGCACGCUCCCGUUGAAGCCUCCUGUCUUCCAGUGCGCGUUCGGGCACCUGGCGUGCGGUGUGUGCCAUGUCACCAGCAGCAGCGGCGGCGGCGGCGCCGGCCGGUGCUCCGUGUGCGGCGACGGCGGCGGCGGCUACGCGCGCAGCACGGCGAUGGAGGACAUCGUGAGGUCGGCCAAGGUGCUGUGCCCGCACGACGCCUACGGCUGCCGCACCUACGUCACCUACUACGACGCGGCCGAGCACCAGCGCGCGUGCCCGCACGCGCCGUGCCUCUGCUCGGAGCCCGGCUGCGGGUUCGCUGGCACCCCGGCGGCGCUCCGCGACCACCUCGCCGGCGCGCACUCGUGGCCCGUGGACAGGAUCCGGUACGGCGCCGCCCUGCGGCUCCGCGUGCCGGAGUUGGACCCGGCGCAGCACCGGCGCCUGCUGGCCGCGGGCGACGACGAGGGCGGCCAAGUCUUCUUCCUGGCCGUGCGCGCGAUCCGCGACAGGCCGUUCCGCGUCGUGUCGCUGGUGUGCGCCCGCCCCGGCGCCGCGGCGGGGUGCCCGCGGUACGCGUGCACGAUCCGCGCGGCGCAGCAGCCCUCGGACGCGGCGGCGGCGGCGGGGGAAGUGAGCGCGGAGAGCGUGGUCCUGGAGAUGGCGCCGGUGCCGAGCAGCGCCGCCCCCGGGGAGACCUCGAUUGAGGAAGCGGCGUCGCUGGUGGUGCUGCGCCGGACACUGCCAGCUGGGGCGGCGGCGGCCGGGGAGAUGCACCUCACCGUUCGAAUCGACAGGAUCGUCUAGCCGGUGAUCGAGAUGAUCAGCUGCGUCCUCGUGGCUUGGCUCUGGGGAGCCUGGGAUGCUCAAUGAGUGAGCUGACAGUUCAUGUUGACUCGAAGCUGCGUCCCUAAUUAUCUCUUACUUACUACUAGUAUGUGUCAGUGUCUCGUUUAAUUAGAGACCGUCGCUGGAAGAUGGACUAAUGGAUGGAUGGUGACGAGUAGUUUGAUUCGGUAAUUCAUGAUCGGCAUUGCAGACUUGUGGAUCACAUGUUCAU